AUGAAGGGACCUGAAGGAGAUGCACUAGAUUCUUUUACAGUAUCACAAAUAAGUGAUGAGAACAAAAUGCGUUCGAACAGCGGGUUUCCUGUUCAAAAUGAUGAAGAAGAGCUUAUCUACGAUUUCCAGGCGUUUGUUACGCAGCUGAGAGACCCACGAGCUGAUCCAGUCCUAAGGUACACCCGGUCUUUUCUUAACAACUUCACCACCAAGAGAGAUAUGUGGACGUGUGAAGAACAGCAAAAACUCGUGGAUGACUUCAAGGUGUUUGUAUAUGACAAACUAACACUGUAUGAGCCGUUCAAGUCCCUUGACAGUGCCAAGCUCAAAAAUGCGCAAGAAGGUAUUGAAAAACUGAUUAUGGGGAAACUCUACAACCAAUGCUUUUCGCCCUGUGUCGAGCAACGAUUCCAGGGCAAAAUCGACCCUAGCCAUCACCAAGACCUGAAACGAGAUGAGAAAUUGAGGUUAAGAAGAGAAGAGUACGCAUUUAUCGACCCAGGACUUCUGGAAAUUCCAAACUCGCUUACGCACCGGCUGCAUAAGUUCACACGGCUCUCUGGAAAAGAAUUGUCUCGUAUCAACGAGUACAAGGCUCCCCGUGACAAGAUGGUGUGCGUCUUGAACGCCUGUCGCGUGCUGUUCGGGUUUUUGAAGCAUUCGGGACUGGAAAACGGCGGGGCCGAUGCGUUUAUCCCGGUUCUCGUGUACACGGUGCUGAAAAGCGACGUGCGGUCGCUGAUUUCGAAUUUGAACUAUAUCGAGCGAUUUCGGUAUUCGGAGUUUCUUCAUGGCGAAAGUGCAUACUACCUGAGUAGCACACAGGGAGCAGCCGACUUUGUAGCAAAUCUGGGGCGCGAAUCUCUCCACAUAACCGAUGAAGCUGCAUUUCAAGCACAAUAUGCCAAACACCAGGAAUACGUGAAAAAUGAAAGGGCUGGGGCAAGCGGCAAUGCCGAUGCAUCUGCUGCCAAGACAAACACUGUAGCUACCUCUACCCCCGCACCUGCUUCUACGCCCGCGCCUUCCGAGUAUAUCCGUCGGCCACUCGACGAGGCCACUUCCGCUAUCUUGUCCAAGGUAUCAGAGCUGUUUGCUUCAACUACACAGGCCUCAGAGGCCCCUGAUGAACAGUCAGACUCUAAGACCCAGCUGCCACAGCCCGACGAAGAUGCUGACACUACAGCUCUCGCACAAGAGCUACAGGAACAAGAAAAUCAUCGCGUCUUGGAGGAACUGCAUGUCAUGUUUCCAGACAUGGACCAAGAACUCAUCCAGGAUGUUUGUGAGGCCAAGAAAUAUCGUAUAGGUGUGUGCGUCGACGUCCUACUGACGCUGUCUUCCUAA